AUGCGGGUGUCGCAGUGUUGUGAGGCGUGUGCGGAUAUCGAGGAGACCACCGAGCAUGUUCUUCUGCAGUGCCCUAGGGCCCGAGAGAUAUGGCGGAGGUCACCUGUCCUACUACCUGCCUCGGUGGUGACUGCACAGGACCUCACUCAUGUACUGAGGUGGCCUAUGCGGAGCCCGAGAUCUGCUGAGGCGGGGAUUCUUAUAGCGUACCUGUCCUACCACAUUUGGUUGGAUAGGAACGCUGGCUUGUUUGAGGGGAGGUGGUCAUCCCUGAGGAUGGUAGUGGAUAGAGCGUCGCGACAUGCGAGGGAGGUCAUUGAGGCUACCGCUGUGGUUUCUUCUGGGAUGGCUAGGGACAUCUGGGGUACUCUUCAUGCUGCUUUAGCGUUCCGGUUUGCUCUUGUUUCUUGGGUACCUCCACCCCUUGGUUAUCUCAAAGUUAACUUUGACGGCAGUAGGUUAGUGGACGGUGUGAUUGGUGGGGCUGGUUUUGUGAUCAGGGACCAUCUCGGUCGGAUGUUAGCUGCAGGAGGGCGGCGCACGCCAGGGGUUACUGCUGUUGGGGCAGAGUUGCGGGCAGCCUGGAGGGUUUAUUCUAUGCCAGGCGAGUAUUGGGUGUCGAGUGGGUGUUCCUCGAGGGGGACUCAUCUAUAG